GUGUGUGUGUGUGUGUGUGUGUGUGUGUGUGAGAGAGAGAGUCGGUGUUUAUUAGCGGAGGGAGUGUAAUAAUGCCACUCCGUGUCCGGUAGGAAGGCGUUUGGGACGCGGCCUCUCCUCUUCCUCUUCCAGAGUGAACAUGUGGAGCAGAAACGUGGAGCGGAAAACUUUUUCUUACGCCGAAUUCCUCUGAUACUCGGUUUUCUUUUUUUGAAAAAGUUGGUGGAGUUUUUCUUCGCGCUCGUGCAGAGGCGGUAUACCGGGUACGGACGUGGAGUCGGACAGAGCCGGUCACGUGAGAGAGAGAGAGAGAGAGGUGUGUGCUGUGGACCGGUAGGAGGUUCGGUCUCCGGGGACGCUCGAGGCGCUUUUGUCCUCCUUUACCUGUCGGGUGACUGAAAGCUGAUCUACCGACUCGAGUUCACUUCAUCUAACGAGCACGAGACACCAUGAAUCUUCCCGGAACCGGCGCGCGGAACCAAGCUUUCUGUGUCUGAAAUUAAUAAUAAUAAUAAUUAUAAUAAUAAUAAUAAUAAUAAUAAUAAUAAUAAUAAUAAUAAUAAUAAUAAUGAAGUUAUCUUUACAACUUAGGAAGGCAUUUACGCCUGGAAGCGCGAGCAUCCGUGUCACCGUAGAGUCUGAGUAACUUUGACACGUUUUCAGUUAUUUAUUAUUAUUAUUAUUAUUAUUAUUAUUAUUAUUAUUAUUAUUUAUCUUAUCAGAAAUGGCUCUGUCCCAAAUCCAAUGUCUCGACGACAAUCACGUGAACUGGCGCGUGAGCGAGUCCAAACCGGAGUUCUUCUACAGCGAGGACCAGCGGCUCGCGCUCGAGGCGCUCAUCUCCGGCGGCCGCGAGGCCUUCGACGCGUAUGUGAAACAGGGCGAGCUGCGGCCCUUCCUGUCCGAGUCCGAGCUCGAGCGCCUGUGCCGCUCCGUGAAGGACUACCGGCCCGGCGCCGAGCAUCCCGUAGCGGACAUGGCGGACAGCGAAGAGCGCGCGCUGUCGCUGCAGUACUGGCCUGACCGCUCCGACGUGUCCAUACCGGAUUUAGACCUGGGCUGGCCGGAUUGUACGUCGUACCGCGGAGUCACGCGGGUCAACGUGUACACGCAGCCACCCGCGGACGGCCAGACGCACAUCAAGGAGGUGGUGAGGAAGACCAUCGCGCAGGCGCAGAAGCUGAUCGGCAUAGUCAUGGACGUUUUCACCGACGUGGACAUUUUCAAGGACCUCCUGGACGCCGGCUUUAGGAGAAAAGUGGCGGUGUACAUCAUCAUCGAGCAAGCGUUCGUUCAGGACUUCCUGCAAAUGUGUGAUCGAGCGGGCAUGCACAGCGGACACCUAAAGUAUCUGCGGGUCCGCUGCAACGGAGGCUCGGAGUUCCACACGCGCUCAGCUAAAAAAGUGCAAGGCUUACUGAACCAGAAGUUCAUGUUCGUGGACGGAGAUCGCGCCGUGUCUGGAUCGUACAGUUUUACGUGGAUGGCUUCCCGCUUGGACCGCAACCUCAUCACCGUCCUCAGCGGACAGGCAGUUGAGACCUUCGACAAGCAGUUCCGCGAACUCUACGUGACGUCCCGUUGGGUCAACCUCUCCAAAAUCAGUCUGGCUGACCUGCCCGAGCCCGAUCCGGUCCCUGUGCCUGUACCCGCCGCCGUCCCUUCAGCGGCUCUUGCCAGGAAACUCAUCAACCCCAAAUACGCCUUGGUGGAGACAGCAAGCCGGACUUCGUCAGACAAAGCCCCGAGUCCCAAGGAUAGCUCGCAUAAUCCCUUACCUCGGCCGGUUAAGCGCCAACGUGAGGUAAUUGAAGUGCCCAAACACCCGGGGCUCAUAGGAUUACCAAAGGCAGAGCUCAUGCAAUACCUGCCCACAUGGCCGGAACCAGACCCACCUAGUGAUGUCAUCGGCUUCAUCAACAUUCGGGACACGAGCAAGCCGCUGCAGCCGCACUUGAUGCGCUCGCAGUGGUUUGAAACAUCACAGGCCAUUCGUUUCAAGGACCCUUUUACCGCUCCACCAGAAGAGCCGCUGCCUGAAAAAGCCAGCCCACGUGUCCGAGCUGCAAACACCUCCAAAACAAACCCAGCAGACACCAACGCGGAACCGACGGAUACUCCCGACGCCAAGGUUCCAUCAGAGACCAAGUUGCAAACUGCGCCCUCAGACACUGUGAACCCUGGCAACUCCGUUUCGCCUCCCGAACCGACCCGGCCUCUUCAGGACACAGCACAGACACACGGACGUCCUCCUGGACCUCCUGUGCCAAAGCCGCGCACCCUACAGCUGGUGAUGACUGCAGGCGACGGGCCCGAAAACCUGCAAGUCAGCGUGAUCAGGAGAAGCGAAACGAAACCUCAUGAGACUGUCAGCUCGGAGGAGUACGGAGACGCACCCGAGCCGCCUGAUUCGGCGUCUGCCAAUCAGGACUCGGAUCGCAAAAAUAAAGACGACACGGACAGUAACAAGAGUCCGGAAUUGGCCCGUUCGACACAAGACGAGGACUCGACAGCAUCAGACGAGUACUACGAGUGUACCGACCCAGACCACAGCAGGCUCGCUAACGGCGGACCGAUCGGCUCAGGACGGCUCAAAGAGCACGGCUCUGUGAAUAUAAUGGCACGAUUCUCGCAAUCCAUGCUGGACCUGAGGCCGGAUAAAAGUGCCGAUAUGGACCCCACAGACAGGAACUUGCUGAACGUGCACAGCAGAUACACAGGAAAGGUAUAUCAGCCGAUCGAAAUCUCUUCCAUGCGAGAAGCCUACAACAGAUCGAAAGUCGUGAUUGCCAAACCAGGAGUGUACCAUCGCCCUCCGAAAAGUAGCGCCCGCGUGAUCGGAGGGCACCGAUACUGGCAGGGCAAACUGGCCACGACGCAGCCCGAUGCUGGCCGUCUCAGCCGCUCGCCCUGCCGAAGGAUCCCGCCCGGAGGACUCAAAACCAGCCAGUCGCCAACUCAACGCCUCUCUCACACGCACUCCCCUUCGCCAAAGAGGAACGACACGCAGACGCCGUUAGGAAUUAAUAUUUCUAAACUCUCCAGCCUCCGAAACCUUAGGGGCAAGGUACCAGGAGUUACGGGUGACAAAAAGGCCGCACACGGGCACAAGGAGUGUUAACCGGAAAUGCUUGGGACUAAGCAGAAACAAUGUGUGCUAAUUUACGUUAGCAUGUGAUGACGACAAAAUCGAAUUGUUUGCUCACUUGAAUAAAAAAUUUGUCGUUACGCCCCUGAGGUACUUCAGGACCAAUCACAGUGGAUUUUCCCCAUUAUCUCCAGAUUUCAGGAAUCUUGCUUUUCAAAAUGACGGACGCAGAUGAAAGGAACUCUUCAACUGGGGCCGUUCUUAUCGUGCACUCGCGAAAACAAUUUGGCUAGUCCCAUUUUUCUUCUGGAAUGUGUUCUCUAAUGUUGGUCUACAAGACGUUUGGAGAGAGACGCUCGGGGUCAGCGAGGGCUCGACUUGAAUGCGGAUUUACAGCCAAAAAUCGUAGCAGGGGCACGUUACUAUUACUAAUUUAGCGCAUACAGUACUGGACAAUUUCUGUCUCGCACGCCAUGUUAUGGGGAUAGCUGUGAAUUGAAAUGGUGAUGGAUUUGGGAUCGUGGUGGGUGAACAAGAUGAAAUGUAUUUUACAAACUAAGGUUUUUUUGUUUGUUUUUUUUUGCUCGGAAUCUUACUUCAUCCAUCAUCAUUGCGCAAUACCAUUUCAACGUAACUGUACUCGACCAGAUUUUCUCUUUCGGAGGGGAUCAGAUUUGAUAAAUAAGGUGUUGAUAUUCAUUAAUGAUACAUGUUCAUCUCAAAGCAAGAGACCUUUACCAGCUGAGGUAAUGUAUUUAAAGUUUAAUAAUGAUGUAGAAGAAUAAAAGAAACAUUUUCUUAA